AUGGCUUCCGUAAGAGCAUUCCGACCUCUCCUGCGCCCCGCGCCACGAAUCGCAGCUCGCGCGACACAGCAACAAGCUCGUUUCCUGAACUGGGAGACCUCCCCGCCAUUCUACACAGCCCAUGCUUCAGUAACAGGAGGCAGAAAGGGAAAGAUCUCGGCUGAGAAUCUCGACAUUCAGUUGGCUGCGCCAAAGGAGCUGGGUGGACCUGGCAAAUUGUACAGAAAUGGCUCCAACCCCGAGGAGCUCUUUGCAGCCGGAUACGGAGCUUGCUUCCAAGGGGCCAUGGCCGCGACCGCUCCAAGCUUGAACAUCAAGCUACCCGAAGAUUCUGUCAUUGAAACCAAAGUACACUUGAUCGGAGACGUGAAGAAACUUGAUAUGGGAAUCAGGGUGGACAUGAAGAUCAAGUUCGGAAGUGGCAUUAGCAAGGCUGAUGCAGAGAAGGUCGUGGAGAAAACUAAGGAGGUCUGUCCGUAUAGCAUAGCGACUCAGGGCAAUGUUGUCACAAACACUGAGGUCAUUAUUGGAUAG